GAAGAUGGGCUUAUUUCUUUCAUAGCAAUAAGCAUGCCUAAAUCAUAGUCAGAUGCUUCCAAUUAUAAUCAAGUUAAAUUAACUAAGAGGCUGAAAAAGCUAGCCACAGAAUACAACUUGCACAGGGAUUAAAAUGAUUGUGGGCAGUUAAAGUGUAUUAUUUUGAAGCUGGAGUGAAUUCUGAUUGUCUGCUGUCCAAUAGCAUAAUACAGGUACAGGAAAUCACAUGCCCUUGGGGCAGUGUUCAUAACCUUUUACAUUGAGCGCACAUUAGGCUGCAUAUAACAUUUAAGUUAGACGGACCUUGUUUUUUUCACUGGUAAUACGUACAUCUGAUGCACUGUAAGUAAAUGUACACUUACUAGUUCAGUGACCUAAAUAUGACUUGUUGGUCACCACCUACAGUUGUGCCUCAGUUGGUCAGAACUAUCAACAUCUGUCUUCUAACAGUAAUGUGUUAAACCUGCUGUGUUUCUUCCCCCUUACUUGACAGUAAAUGGUAAAGAAUAGUUUAAUGUGUUACAAGGUACUACUUUUAACAACUGAUAAAUUUGAUUAAAUGCGUACAAAUCCAACCAGUUGGAAAUGCAUGUUAGGUGCUCAGUAACGCAGUAACGGUGAAAUUCUGUGGGCUGUGACUAGAACAACUGAGUCCACAACAAUGGCGAGAGACUUAAUGCUGAGAAGACUUGGCACUCCGUGGGCUAAAAUGAAAUAUUGCUCUGUGAAGGAGAACUGUUGGCAAGCUCCAGAUCUGUGCGUAGACUUUAGUGUGGUAGCAGCACAGCAGAUCCCCACUGCUACUGCAGGCUGAGGAUCCUUUUCCUUAGAAACAUGUGCAUGUAGUUAAGAGCACAGCCUAAGGGCUGUUGCACGCUAUUCCAGAAUCUGAAAUUGACAGUUUUUAAAAAUACAUGUUAAUACUUUGAUACAGCUGUUUAUCACGUUAACUUAGCAUAUACUAUGUAGAAUUCACUUUGCAGUUGAAACUACCUGUAUAGGUUAGGUUUUCUGAGGCCACCUUUAUAGCAAACUUUGCUAUUUAAAUUAAUUGUGAAAUUAAAUAGUCCAACUUUUCAGCUGAACGUUGAAAACUGAUCACGACAACUUGAGUGCUAAUAUUCAAAAAGUUUUCAACAGUAGAUUGCAAUUACCAAUAACAUAAAUCCUUCUGCAUUUAUGUUUUUUGCAAUGUUUCAGGAAGAAAACGGAACCUUGUAUCUUAAAAUCACAGCUAGCACUUGCAUAAAAACAUUUACUUGCAAAUUGGAUAUCAUUAGCCACAGUUCCAUUUUCAUCUAGCAGUAAUAGGCAUAAACAGUAAACUAGAUGUCAUAAAAUGUUUAGUUUUGCAUUCAAGAAUUAAUGUUUUCUUCAAAAUAAACUUAAUGACCUAUUCAGUUUCAAAGGUUGCUCUCCCAGGGAGAGACUGGAAGUCAAGACAUUACUAUGAACAGUGAAAGCUGGACUCUUAAAAUGGAUGGGGAUUCUUGCCAAUGACUGAGAUUUCAUCCAUGGAAAACUGCUAGUUACAAAUGUAAGAACAGUUUAAUCCAGGCCAGCUGGCUUCAGUCCAGAAAUUCAUCUGUUACAAACAUGCACAGAAUCUGAAGGAAACAAAGCUGCUUUAAGUCCCAGAACUGCUGUAACUGUGUCCUGAGCUGGGCGAUUGUGUGGUCUGUCUAGUAUGUAGGUACAAGUUACAACUUCAGUUCUUUAUCCUCAAGUGUCAUGCACGGUCCCUGUAAUGCAAGGUGGAAGAUUUUCCUUAGAUAAACCUUUCGGUUUAAAUUCCUGAGAUUGAGAAGUCAACGUGAGGGACCAGCUGCAAAUCCUACAUUUAAGUCCUGUUUUGAGUCUUGCUAAGAAUUGGUUCUGAUGUACUGAAUAAAUCAGUGUGUUCAUUUUUGUUACCCUUUUAUUUUGAAAUUGUUAAAUAUUGCACUUGUACACAUAGAACAAACACACAGCUUUUUUAACUGUGGUAAUUCCUCAUCUGCAGUUGGUUUGGGAUCACUCUUGCGUAUGUUAAACCAAGUAUAAAUGAUGUCGUCUCCUUGUAAUGCUGAUCGCAAAUGCAAGGUGUCAGGUUCUCCAGAUGGCUUCUUUUGGGUGGAAGAGAAAGAUUGGUGAGAAAGUUUCAAAAGCUACUUCUCAGCAAUUUGAAGCAGAAGCUGCAGAUGACAAGGAUCUGGCUGAUGAUGAUGCUGCUAACUGGGUGCAUGCAACCAAGAGAAGAAAGAAAAUUCUUGUCGAAGACUGUGUAAAGAAAAGUAAGGAGCUGAAGGAUGAAGGUGCAAAUUUGGCAGAAAAGAGGAGGUACCGAGAGGCUAUUCAAAAGUGGGAUAAAGCACUUCAAUUAACUCCAGAGGAUGCUACGCUUUAUGAGAUGAAAUCACAGGUCCUGAUGUCUUUACAUGAAAUGUUCCCAGCAGUGCAUGCAGCAGAAAUGGCUGUCCAGAGAAACCCACGUUCCUGGGAUGCCUGGCAGACUUUGGGACGUGCCCAGCUUGGAUUAGGAGAGAUAGCACUGGCAAUCCGAAGUUUCCAGGUAUCCUUACACAUCUUUCCAAUGAACCCUGAAGUAUGGAAAGAGGACCUUUCCUGGGCAAGAAAACUACAUGAACAGCAGAAGGCAACAAAGACUGAGGCAGUGCAGGCACUGGCAAAAGAAAAAGAGCUUUCACAAGAAUCAAUUCCAGACUAUGACUUUGAAAGUGAUGAAAUUGUGGCAGUCUGUGCUGCUAUUGCAGAGAAGGAGAAAGCUCUUUCAGCAGCUAAAACGGUAGUGAUUGUGUCUGCUUCAGGCACAGUAGAGACUGUUACUGAGAGGGAGAAUUGUCCUACAGCUCCUGAUGAAACCCUUUUCAUCAGAGCCCGAUAGGGCAGCCUUAUGGGUUACCAUACUGGUUUAAGAAGUUAUGUUAUUUAUUGUAUUGGGCUUGCUUUGGUUUUGUUUUUCAAGCAGUGGGAGAGCCUACAAAAGUUAAAGAAUAGAAGUUAUUUUUCUUUUGUAAAUUGAAAAAGCAAUGACCGGAGUUGUUCCUUCCAUAUGUUUGGAGAAGAAAGCCAAGACUGGAUUCUAAAAAUCUUACGAACAAAUGUAAUAUUAAAAUGCUUAACUACAUUUAAUCUUUGUUUUUCAUAAUUUUACAAGUUAAUGUCUACAUUUUCCCAGUAAUAAGCUUUUAUUUAAACUGCAAAAAAAGGUAUUUUUUUAAAAUCUAUUCCAACCUGUAUGCAUUAACAUUAUUUUUCUUCCGUUUAAAGUCUGAACUGUUCUCUGUUAUCAGAAGUCUUUAGUUUCAUUAAGAAUACGUUUUUUAUGAGGAAGUUUCCUAUGAAGAAGAGAUGGAUUAUUAUUUUGCUUCUGUGUCUGUAAGAUAGAUCUGGCAUCUGAUUUGUAGUCAGAUGAUAUCAGUAGAAACCUUUAUGUUGCUUUCAUAGGUGAAUGAGUUAAAUGCUUUCUGAUUAGAUGAAAGGAAAUGCUAUACAAAAAAAGUCCCUGAAUGCUUAGUUAUUACUAAAUGUUUCACUAGAAGAAAGAACAUUCAGCUGAGACUGAAACUAGCCUUUCCUUAUCUUGAGUGCUGUGCUACACUCAUCACCAAAAGUGAAAUGGUGGGAUUUAAAAUAGGUAUGUCUGAAGUGUAUUAUGUUUAGCCCUUUCUUUCAUAGUGAGGCUAAUCUGAUAAAGGGAGUCAAUUUGUUUUCCCGAUUUCUUGUGACCUGCCAUUUAAAGUAUGUUCUCAGUGAACCAGUUUUUCAGGACAGCAUUGCCUGAGUCUCCCUUUUUAUCCUCUUUGGAUUUUGGAUGCUGUGGUGGGUAUUCACACUGUAUCAACUUAGAGGCAUAAUGUAGGAGAUUUGUUUAAUGUUCAUCUUUCUUUAGGGGAAGGUGGCCGUUGGUUUUCACACAGGCAGUUCAGAGAAACAAAAUCAGGCUGUUUCUUUGAUUUGCUCUGUGCUGAGACUGCUCUUUUUCAUUGUCUUGAAGAAUGGUAGAGAUGGUCACCUCCUAAGAGGAAUGGAAAAAAAGGUCAACUGAGGAAUUCCUGGAGAAUUCAGGAUUGGGAACACAUCAUUUCUACUUGAUUUUGAUAGUAUUUUGCAUGAUAAAAACAUUUGAAUAAUAGUUUUGUAGACAAGUGAAACCUUUUGAAAUAAGUCAUCUUUGCAUUUUUCAUAUCUGCUUUCUAUUUUCAGAAUAACACAUUUUAAAAGGAAGUAAUGUUGCCUGAGAAGCAUAGUGAUUUUUCCAGUAGAAAGUGUAUUGUAGAAAAAUUAUUUAUCUCGGAUCAUGCUUUCAGUUGAAUAUCUUUAUUUAAGAGGACACUUACAGUCUUUGCAGAAAUUAUCCCUUUCAAAAACUUAAUUGCCAUGUUGUACUUACUAAAUUUUCGUUACUUUUUGCAAGGUUCUUCCUGAAUAUAUUUCUGUAUAUAUGUGAAUUUUUGGAUCGGUUCUUGCACCUGUACGCACAAAAAAUUUUACACUUUUUAACAUCUCCUGACUAUUCAAAAUAAUUACAGCAACUAAAAUAUACUAAGCAAUUUAAAACAUCACCAUGCUACAUUUUUA